AUGACCACAUCGUCAUCACUGUUGAAUCGAAAAUUAUCAUCAGAACAACUAUUGUAUCGGAAAAGAGACCUGGUGAGCGUCACAUUGGCUUCGCAGGGUAUUGUUGUAGAUACAACUAAUCGAGGAUCGCAUGGCAGACAAAAUCAGCAACAAAAUGGAAACAUGUUGGUAUCAAAUGAUGGGGGCGUAGAAGUGUGGGGUGACGCCGAUUCUUCAUCUGCUAGCUCCUCAUCCGGUUUACUUGGAUCUUGUUAUAGUUGUUUUGGAGCCGAAGAUGAACCAAAGAGCAGCAAAGUCCCCCACUUUAUCCCUUACAAAAAUAUCAUCCACGUUGAAGCUUUGGGUCCUGAAGAAAACCACGAAGUCAAGUUGACGUUUGUCGUCCCUAACCACGAGGAUUACCUCAAAAGGGCCACCAAAUUGGCAAUCUACAAACACAAUGCACGAGUUCAAAACUAUGAUUCUCAGAAACAUCAGCAAGAAACUGUCACCCGCUAUAUCAUCAACAAAGCUUAUCAUUAUAAGGUGAUGCAACAACCUUCGAUAUUGGUAUUGAUCAACCCCCAUGGUGGUCAAGGUCAUGCUGUCAAGAUUUACAAAGAAGAUAUCAAACCGGUACUAGAAGCAGCUCAUUGUAACAUUACAUACAAGGAAACCGAGUAUUCUGGUCAUGCAACUGAUAUUGCUAGGGAUUUGAACAUUGAUGACUACGAUGUGGUGUUGUGUUGUUCUGGCGAUGGAAUACCUCAUGAGGUGAUCAAUGGGUUCUAUCAACGAAAUGACAAUGGAGUUGCUGCAUUCAACAAGUUGAUAGUGACGCAAUUACCAUGCGGGUCGGGAAAUGCUCUCUGUUUGAGUACGUUGGGAGGGUUGCGUGUUGCGCAAGUUGCAACUUGGUUAAUGCUUAAAUCAAAACCAAGUAAAUUGGAUUUGAUGGCGGUUACUCAAGGUAAAGGUCCUUCACAGGUUACGAAACUAUCAUUCUUAUCUCAAUGUUAUGGCAUUGUGGCGGAUUCCGAUAUUGGGACUGAGCAUUUAAGAUGGUUGGGUCCUAUUCGAUUUGAAAUUGGUGUCAUGCAAAAAGUAUUUACAUUUUCAAAAUACCCAUGUGAUGUGUACAUUGAAGUAUGGACAGAGGACAAAUCACAGAUUGCUCAACAUGUCGAACUGCACUUGGCAAAUACAAACAAUCGAAAUAAUAGCGACAAUGGCAAACACGCUGCUUUACCGGUAUUGACAAGGGACAAAUUGCAAUUGCGUCAACCACCAUUGGACCAACCAGUGCCAUCCCAUUGGAAGCACAUGCCACAGUCCAUAACAAACAACCUCAAUGUCUUUUACGUGGGAAACAUGCCUUAUGUAUCAGCUGAUGCACAAUUUUUCCCCGCCGCAUUACCAGAUGACGGACACAUGGAUAUGGUUAUCACAGAUACAAGCUCAUCGAUAGCUGACAUUGUAUCAAUUAUGUUGAAUGUUGAAAAGGGAACACAUGUCAAUCAUGACAAGUUGAUUCAUGCCAAGAUCAAGUCGUAUCGGUUGGUGCCCAGGUUGGGAAGUACCGAGAAUCAUUACAUUUCCGUUGAUGGAGAGAGUUUCCCCGUUGAAGCUUUACAAGUUGAGGUCUUGCCUGGCGUUAUGAGUUCGUUGUUGUACGAAGGGAAGUAUACUGAAACCGUGAUGACAGAAUAG